GGGUUCCACCAGUUUGGUUCCCAUGGCCGGUCGAAAAAGAUUCUUAAACCGGCCGGCGUAUCAAAAUCAACGGGUCAAUUCAAAACCAAACGGCGUCGUUAGAGUCUCAAAUUUAUUUGUUUGCAUGUAACGCGCACGACCUUUGCGACGCCGGCAAAAUCAUAUCCAUUUGGGUCAACGAACCCUGAAAAUGAUUAAUUGAUUAAAUAUAUCUGAACUUUUAUUUAUUAGUUUAUUAAUUGAGGACGAGACGGCACGGCAUUCUGCUUUCAGCUACUAUAUUGCCUAUUGAUUGCAACAGGUAUUCAAUGUAUUGAAGAAACAUCAAACGGCGCCGUUUUGGAAUUUCAUUCACCCAAAUAUCAAUUUUUUAAUCAAUUUUUCAUUCACCCAAAUAUCAAUUUAAACUUCUGAAUAUACAAAUAUUUCAAAUUUUCCACCAUAUAUAAACAAAUUAAAUGCAUUCAUUAGCUUUACACAGUUUGGAUCUAUAAAUACCCUACCCACGCCAUGCACCUGAACUCGUCAUAUUCAUCCGCCAAGUCGUCGCCGCCACCCUUUUCUUAGAUCAAAUAGUUAAGAGCAAUGUCAAAUUCCCAAGCAAUUACUUCACUUUCCAUGGCUCUACUUGUAUUGGCCUUCUCUUCCUGUUCUACCGCUGCUUCUCUGUCCAAUGAUGAAGCAGCGGCUCUGUUGAGAUGGAAAGCCAGCCUUGAAAACCAAAGCCAAUCUCUGCUGCCAUCAUGGGACGUUGGAAGCAACCAGUCUUAUUGUAAUUGGGCUGGAAUUGCUUGCGACAACACUAGCAGCAUCGCCCACAUUGUCCUUAACAGCGUAGGCUUGACAGGUACACUUUUCAGUUUUAGCUUCUCCUCCUUUCCCCAUCUUAUCCGAUUUGAGCUUCAUAACAAUUCAUUCCAUGGGUCUAUUCCUGCACAGAUUGGUAAUCUUUCGAGACUCUACUAUAUUGACUUUUCCUCAAAUCAUUUUAUUGGGAAAGUUCCAUCAGAAUUAGGGAGCUUACGAAACCUACAAUGUCUCCGUCUCAAUAAAAACAACCUUUCAGGAUCAAUUCCUCAAGAACUUGGGAUGUUGACUUUGGUUUGGAAUCUUCGGCUCUCAGAAAAUAAUCUCACAGGCCCAAUUCCAACUUCAGUUUGGAAUUUAACCAACUUAGUCCGUUUAAAACUUCAUGAUAACCAUCUUUCAGGUUCAAUCCCAACUUCGAUUGGGAAUUUAACCAACUUAACUAAUCUAUACCUUUCUCGUAACCAACUUUCGGGACCAAUCCCUCAUUCGUUAGGAAAUUUGAAUUCCCUUACUGAACUGAGCUUGUCUUCUAAUAAACUUAGUGGCCCUAUUCCUUCAGAAUUAGCCAAUCUUACACAUUUGCAGAUAUUCUCAAUAGGCAAUAACAAGCUCACUGGUCAUCUACCACAAAAUCUAUGCUUAGAUGGAUCACUCAUCAGACUUGAUGCAGCAAACAACAAUUUAACAGGCAACAUCCCCAAAAGCUUGCGAAACUGCAAUAGCUUGUUUCGGGUUAGGCUUGAGAACAACCAACUAGAAGGCAAUUUACAGGAAUAUUUUGGUGUACUACCAAGCUUGGAUUACAUGGAUUUGAGUUAUAAUCGUUGGUUUGGCAAACUUUCUGAAAAAUGGGGGCAGUCCAAGAAUUUGACUAAGUUAGGGAUCUCCAAUAAUCAGCUCACUGGAAACAUACCGCCGGACCUUGCUGCAGCAACUAAGUUACACUUUCUUGACCUUUCUUCAAACCAUCUAGUAGGGGAGAUCCCAAAGAAGUUGAGGGAAUUGGGCUUACUAUUCCACCUUAAUUUGAGUAAUAACAAGCUUUCAGGCAACAUCCCAGCAGAAAUAUUCGGUACCCAAUCUAGUUUAAAAAACCUUGACCUAGCAACAAACAACCUUAUUGGUUCAAUUCCAAGGGAGAUAGCAAACUGUGAGAACUUACAAAACUUGAAUUUGGGCAAGAAUCAACUCGAAGGUGGUAUUCCUUUUGAGAUAGAAAAAUUACAAUUUCUUCAAAGCCUUGAUCUUGGACACAACAAUUUAAUGGGUGAAAUACCAUCUCAGCUUGGGAAAAUGCCAAGGUUGGAGAAAUUGAAUCUCUCCCACAACAUGCUUUCUGGUUCCAUCCCCUCCUCUUUUGGUGAGCAGCCAACAAGUUUGACAUCUAUUGAUAUAUCUUACAAUAACUUGAAAGGUCUUCUACCAAACACUAAGAUUUUUGAAGAUGUUCCAUAUGAAGUAUACAGAGGUAACGACGGUUUGUGUGGCAAUCAAACGGGCUUGAUACCCUGCUCAUCACCUAAAGUGAGGAACAAUGCAGAUAAAUCCAGAACAAAAACAAAUCUUGUUCUUCUUGUGGUAGUUCCUCUGGUAGGGACUCUAUUUCUUGUAGUUGUUGGGAUCUUUCUUUUGAGCAAAAGAGUAGUAUUGAAAGUAGAGAGUGAGAUCCAAGUUGUACGUAAUGAAAAUUUAUUUGAGAUAUGGAGCUAUGAUGGGAAAAUAGUAUACAAAAACAUCAUAGAAGCAACAGAGGACUUCAAUGAGAAAUACUACAUUGGACGAGGAGGAUAUGGCACUGUUUAUAAAGCUAAGUUUUCAAGUGGUUUAGUUGUUGCUGUGAAGAAGACCCAUCCUUCCCAAGAUGACAAUUUGGUUGAUUUAAAAAGCUUUAGGAGUGAGAUUCGUGCACUAACAGAGGCACGACAUCGUAACAUCAUAAAACUUUAUGGUUUUUGUUCAAAUUCACAUCGUUCAUUUUUGAUUUAUGAGUUCUUAGAAGGAGGUAGCUUGGAGAAUAAGCUCAGCAACAAGGAAGAAGCAUUGAGGUUUGACUGGGGCAAACGAUUGAAUGCUAUCAAAGGUGUAGCGAGUGGUUUGUGUUAUAUGCAUCAUGAAUGUUCACCCUCAAUCAUCCAUAGAGACAUAUCAAGUAAGAAUAUUUUGUUUGAUUUAGAAUGUGUUGCUCACAUAUCUGAUUUUGGCACUGCUAGACUCUUAAACCUCCACUCCUCCAAUGGAACUUCUUUUGCUGGGACCUUUGGAUAUGCGGCUCCAGAACUUGCUUAUACAAUGGAAGUGAACGCAAAGUUGGAUGUUUAUAGUUUUGGCAUUUUAACAUUAGAGGUGUUAUUGGGAAAACACCCGUUUGAUCUGAUCUCAUCGCUUUCCUCUUCGUGUUCCUCAUUUUUCUCAUCAUUGUCAUCCGCUUUCCAUGGCAUGUUAUUGAUAGAUGUAUUAGAUAAUUGCCUCCCACCACCAGAGGAUCAAAUGGUAGAGGAAAUUGUGGUUACCACAAAGUUAGCAUUUGCUUGUGUUAACACUGAUCCACAUCUUCGACCAUCUAUGAGGCAAGUUUAUGUGGAGCUAUCAAAACAGAGGCCAUCAUCAGAGAGUUCAUUCCACACAAUUACUUUAGGUCAACUGCUUGUUAUCAACUGUAUCUAGCUAUUUAUGUUUCUUUUUAAGGUUUUGAUAUAAUCUCUAGAUAUGUUUGUCAUAUCUUAUGGUUUUACUCCAAUGUAUUUUUUCUUAUAGUUUAAUAGCUUAUCUAGAAAAUAUGUUAAAGAAGCUAGACUUCUUUUUUUCCUUGUGUAAUCAUUUUUUGGGGUUAAUUAUGGGAUUAAA